AUGCGUCGGCGUCUCGUCGCGGGCGCGCGCGAGGGCGCGCGCGUGGGCGCGCGCGCGGACACGGCGGCGCGCGCGGUCGAGCGCGCGCGCGCGGACGCGGUGGGGGCGGCGAUGGGCGCGGAUUCGAUGAUGAUGAUGAUGCCGAGGCGUCGGGCGUCGACCGAUGGGAUGACGACGACGCGAGGGGCGUCGACGCGCGCGCGGACGCGACCGAUCGAGGCGGAGCGAAGCGCGAUCGGGCAGGACGCGACGCAGAUCAGGGAGAGCGCGCGCGUGCGAAAGGCGCUGACGCACGUGAUUCAUUACGAAUUGGCGCAUAAAUUCGACGGCUCGGGCGUAAACGUCAUGGACGCGCGCGUGGCGAGAGAUUUUAAAACGGUGCACGUCCUGUACGGGAGCACGCGCGUGGGUGAGGAACACAUCGCUGGGAGGGCGCUGGAGCGGAACGCGCAGAAGAUACGAACGAUGGUGUCGAAGAUGUUGACGCUGAAGCACACGCCGAGGUUGGAGUUUCGAUUCGAGGGCGCGACGACGGCGGCGCAGCGCGCGUUGGAGGAGGCGUUAGCGCGAGAGGAGAGACGCGAAAUGUUGCUCGCGUCGAAUGAUGGUGAUGGUGACGCCGAGGAGGAGGAUGGGGACGAGGAGGAGGACGACUGGGACGAGGAGGAGGAGGAGGAGGAGGAGGAGGACGAGAGUUCUUCGUCUUCGUCGAGCAGCUCGUCCAGUAGUUCGUCGUCCUCGUCGAGCUCGAAACGUCGAAGAGAGUCUUAG